UGAUAUAAUUAAAAACAUUAUAUAAAAUUUAACAAAAUAAUAUAAGCGUGUAGUAAUCACGAGGAAGCGUGAUUCUAACUUCUGAAUUUCAGUAAAAAGUAUAUUCAGUAAAAAGUAAAUUUGCGAUGGAAAAUGCUAAUGUCAUUCAAAUAAUAAAAUAAAAGUAAAUACAUCUAAAAUGUACAAUGUCAGUGUUCUAAGACUAAUUUAUAUGUUUUUGUGUCUUUCUUUCAAUUCCACAUUUCCAAUGCACCGAGAUAGUAAGCGAAUGAUGCCCUUUGAAACUCAUUAUGUUACCCAUUUUAAAUUAUGCAACAAAGAAAAUCAGGGUACUCCAUUUUAUCGAACAAAAAAAAGGGCAAGUAAUAUUGAAAACGCAUUGAAGAAAAUAAAAGAUUCAACUCAAGAUGUUGGCAAAAAUUUUCAGUUGUUUUUGAAUGGUAAAAAUAAAGAAACAUCAAAAAAUAAUCUUAAUGACCUGACCCAUUAUGAACAAUUGGUCUUUAUGAAAAAAUAUCCUUAUCUGGAUUUAAAAGAGUUCGAAAUGAAGUACAGGCCGGCAUCAAACAAGAUUGCACGAGAAAGUUUUGAAUUUGAAUCUGGAUCGCAUCUUCGUGGUGAUUCCAGUUUAUGUGAACCGUUAGAAGAGGGGCCAAACGUAGAAAUAUUCAAUAGGGGAUUAUCAGGUUUCACUAUUCCUCCGAGGGAUAAUAAAGGAGCUGAAGUUUUUAACAAUGAAAAAUUGUAUAAGCAAGAUGCCAUACUCAAACCUCAGAUUUAGAAUCUAUUUGAAUUCAAAAAAAAUAUCAAUAAACUAACAUUGCAAUACCUU